AUGACACGUGCCGAUCCCAAUAAAGAUGAAUUUUUUAUUACACUGCUCAGUGAUUCUAAUUUGAAUUAUUAUCCUGAGAACACAACAUGUUCAUUUUCAGUUAUUCUACCUCAAACACUACAUUUGUCAGACGAUUUUAGAGUGGCUGCUACAUCCAUUGUAUAUCCUCAAACAAUUCAAAACAUUACACCAUAUAAUAAUAGUUUAAUUUUGGAAAUGGACAAAUUUGUCCCAAAUGCUGUUGAGAAAAUUUUUAAACUAAGAGUAAUAGUGAAUUUGCCAUAUGAUCAUUAUUCAAAUAUUUUUGAAGUUAUCGAUAUUUUAAAUGAAAAUGUGCGAGAAAAAAUUGUGUCACCCAAGAAGGAAGACCCACCAAUAUUGAAUUUAUUUACGAUCGAUGAAAAUAAACGUCGUAUAAUUAUUGAUAAAGAUAAACGAGAUUUAUUGUGCAAGUAUAGCAAAAAAAAGUAUGAUGGUAGUGUUGAAAAGUGCCACAUGACACGUUUAUACUUAGAAGGAAAAUUAGGAUUGAUUUGCGGAUUUAAUCCCGAUACUCACAAUUUAUUAAACGACAAUGAAACAGUUGCAAAUUUUCCUUAUAAUAUAAAUUUAGGGUUUCCAAGCUUAUUUUUUAUCUAUGCUGAUUUUAUAGAGUCUCAGAAUGUAGGCGAUAAACUAUGUCAAGUCCUAAAAAUCUGUCCAGGUGUAGAAAAUAAUUCUAAUUUUGGUGAUGUUAUUCAGCGAAUUGGUGCCUUCCUGUCAGGAAUUUUCCGGAACGUAAUUCCUCUCCUAAAAAGUGGUGGAAUUUCGUUGGGACGUGAAUUUUUAAGAGGAGCAAAUGAUGUAUUGACAGAUGUGGCCAAUAAUAAAGACUUCAAGAACGCCCUCAAAACACGUGGUCUUGAGGUAGCUGAUAAGCUAGCUCAUAAAUUUUAUGGAAUGAACGGUCAUGGCUAUAAAAAAGACUCAAUAUUGUGUAGGAAUCGCCAGUCUUCAUCGCAUAUUCGGUCUAAUAACACUAAGAAUCGUAAAGUUAUAAAAAGUAAAUCAAAAUCAAAAAAGAAAAAAAAGCCAGUUAAAAAGACUGUUAAGCGUCGAAAAUUGAAUAAAAAAAAAGUUACUAAGCGAAGGAAAAAUAUCAACGAUACCCAAGAUUAUUAUUUUUAA